AUGACAUUUGGUACCAAAGUGAAAAUAUAUCAAAACAGUGUACUAACAGUAUUCGUCUAUGGUCUGGAAGCAGUUGCAUUUCAUGAAAUAGACAUCAGAAUGCCAGAGUCAGUAGAGAUGAGAAUUCUUCAUAAAAUGACAGACACGUGGUGGAAUCAUUUGAAGAUAAAUGAAGAAUUUAGAAGGAGUGUGUGUAUUUGUUUUUCCCUCUCUCAGAUAAAGAAGAGGCAGCAAGAUGUGGUGCAAUUUCUGGAAGCCAAUAGGAUAGACUUUGAAGAGGUGGAUAUCACAAUGUCAGAGGAACAAAGACAGUGGAUGUAUAAAAAUAUUCCUGAGGAAAGACAGCCUGCACAAGGCAAUCCACUGCCACCCCAGAUAUUUAAUGAUGAUCAGUACUGUGGAGAUUAUGAUUGCUUUUUUGAAGCAAAGGAAAGUAACACUGUCUUCUCCUUUCUAGGGCUGAAACCUAGAUUGUCAUCAAAGGAGUCAGAACUCUAGAAAAAUUCUUUGAAGAUUCAACAAGAACAUCUCCUGAUGAAUAUCCUUGUUGUUCAGCACAUAAUUGCUUCCCUAAUGGAUCACUGUGAUAAAAAGCCAAUGCGAAUCAUCAAUAUUUUGCUAGCCAUGGAAGAAGUGCUUUCCAAAGUUGUGAAAUUGAGUGUACACAAAAUGGAAUAAAGGGUGAGAUGAUACUCUUUUUUAAAAACAUGCCCACUCUUGAUGUUUCACAUUUGUCUUUGGAUUACAUUUUAACUGGCAUUGGUAUUCUAUGUAAUAAUCUAACUGACGGGUGGAUGUUGAGGAAUGGAAGUGUAAAAUCUCUAUUGUCCUGGAUUCACAUGCUUGCCAGACUCCCUUCCUUGAUAAGUUUUCAGCUACUGCAGUCUAGACCAUAGUCAUGAGAUCACUUUAUCAUGAUGGUUAUAGUUUUGAAGGCCAAUAGAAUGUGGUGCUAGUGAAAAACAGCAUGGAAGACUUGGUCUAUGACAAAAUCCGCAGAUUUCUGCUUGGUAUAUUUACUCUGUUAUCCAUGCUAGAACCUGUUUAUUGAAAUAGGCAUUGGCUGCUAUGCUCUUUCAUAAAAAUAAAAACGCCCUAAAUGAUUCAUAUAAAAAGUUUACUUGACGAUUAGCUGUUACAAAAACAGUGGUUAAUGGGCAGUGAAGAGAAAUCAAGCUGCUGCUGUCUUGCCAUCGGUGACCCCUCUCAACUGCAAUAAAACUGUUCUGUUAAUAUAUUUGAAACCAAUUAUUUUGUUGGCAAAAACACAUUAACAUGUGAAGAGUGUGUCACAUUUGUAAAUAUAGGAGUUGAAGAGAGAGCAUACCAAACUGUCUCAUAACAUCUGUUAAUUGGGUAUGACUUUCAACUUCAAAUUUUAGAGCGCUUCAUUUGGCUAUUUUAAAAGAUGUUCUGGGUCUACUUUUGCUUCCCUUAAUCAUUUUGAAUAGAAUCCAACUUCACCAUUAGCCCCAUUGAUAUUGGUGGAACAACUUCUAGAGGCAGGGCUUGAUCUUGCAAAUAACUUAAGCACAGCCAUAGUCUUUAUGACUUGAAGGUGAAAUCUGUUAAAGGCAAUGGGAUUCUCAUGUGCUUAAAGUUUAGCCUGUGUAUAAAUGCUUUGCUGGAUAAGGCCAUACUGCCUGGCCCCUUGCAAGACUAAAGCAUCAGUUACUGCUCAGUGUGAGUAAGGGAAGCAGAAAAUGCCCUUUGGGAUUACCCUGAUUUAGCAGAGCACGGUUGGGUCCUAUAUGACUGUGUUUUUUCAAAAAUUGAAAUUGAGCGUAGACAGUUUAGCAAAUUAAUUGUCUCUAAUCUAGUCUAAUUGCAUUUAGCAAUUGGAAUCCCUUCAUCUUGUUAAAAUAGUAGCUAUUGAACUUUAUAAUGUAGCUUCUGCUCAAUCAAGGGAGCUUUCAUCCAAAACAAUUUGAUGAUUUAUUUGGCUGUGCUAGUCCAGUAAGUAGUCUGGCUUCACUAGGCAAAUGGCAUAUGGCCACUAAGGGUGGGGACAGCUUACUGCAGACAGAAGAACACCCAGGCCAUCUUUGGUAGAGGUCAAGAUGCCUGUCUGAUACCUGUGUACUGGACACCAGUGCUCACUUGCAUGCUUACAAGCAAAAACAAAGCUGACCCAUUCUCCACAUAGUUUCAGAGAGGUAACCCGGUUACUCUGUUUCAGCAAAAACAACAAGGAUUUCAGUGGCUUCUUAAAGACUAAAAAAUGUAUGGGCAUAAGCUUUCAUGAGUUUCAUAUCUGACAAAGUGAGAUUUGUUAGUCUUUAAGGUGUCACCAGACUCCUUGUUGAGUCUCCAUAUUGGACUCUUAUGUGUAACAAUGUCCAUAUGCUGUUCCUCUUUUAGUAAAAGGAGCUACACACUAGGGAUGUAGUAGUAUAGUUGAUUAACCUAUUAACCAAUAAGCAAAAGCUUAUAGGUUAAUGCUAUAGACUACACACAUUCCCUCCCCCAGGCCAGUAAAUUCUUUAGCAGGCUGGCCAGCAGCUAUGCCCAGUCCUGGCUUUUGCCGGGUCCAGGACCUACCCCUGCUGCAGCUCUGCAUUUAAAGUGUAUUAGGAGCCAGGCGGACAGGCAGCCCGGCUCAGUUCUAGCUUGUGCUGGGCCCGGGAGCUCACCCUACCCUUCCUUGGUCAGGGGCUGCUGCCACCCCGCACUGCUGGCUCUGUAUCAGCU